AUGGUUCUGAAAAUGAAAAAGAUAAAAGAUCACUUCAUCAAUCAUGUCAGUCAUCAAAAAGAUAAAGAUAGCCAGCCCCACCAAAAACAGCGCAUGGUAGAGAAAGCAGGAAAUACCAAGGGAAAAUACGGGAAAUACGUGAACGAAAGAGUGAGGGAAAUGAAGAAAAAUGAAUGGAUCAAGGAGAGUCUGUCAAAAGAGUGCCAAAAGGAUCGAGUUGGAAGGGAAGGGGGAAAAAAAGAGCGAAUUGUUAAUAAUUAUCCCGAGCGUCUCCAAAACUUGCUCAACCAAAGAGCUCAGCAGCGAAAUCAUAGGAAAAUACGGCGGCGGAAAUCAGACCCAGGGCAGUUCCCCCAAGGGGCCAAAAAGAAGGAGUAUAUUUUGAGAUUCGAAUCAACCGAUCACGCCAGAACAAUGCAUUGCAUCGUCAUUCGUUGA